AAUUUGGAUUGACAUCUGCGUAAGUAUUCGGUUGUGAUCUAAAGCAUAAGCAAACAAUUUUUCCAUGAACUGUUCAACUGGAAUCGCAUUUUCUCGUUCUUUGGUCUAUAUAUUGUCUGCCUACAAUUGAUCGCUAAUACAUUGAUCGGUAAUGCAGUUAAAUGAGUUUGCCAAAAUGUCCAUUAAACAUAAGUGGCAACUGCAACUACUAUAGAUAAAUAUUGUUGCCAUAGCAAUUAAGGCUAUACAAACAAUUGGCUCCACAUUAUUUUAACGUACAAUAAGCACAUCCGCUAUACAACAAAAGUUCUUAAAUAGUACAAAAACCAAUAAAUUCAAUAAUAAGAAUUCAAAUUCACUACCUGCCAUGCCUGAUUCACCAACCACAGCUAGUUAUUUUAACAUAUUCAUAACAGGACAAAUAGAAGCUAUGGAAUUUCCUUUGGGCCCAAAUGCAGCGGAAGUAUUCUGCCGCUACGAAGUCGUGGCUGGGCCCGACUGGGAACUGAUAUCUGGGUCUCAAAAUGGGAUUUCUCAGACAGCAUCCAAUAAAAGUGGCUUCUUUAAAGAUAAAAUAGUUUUCAACUUUCCCUUAGAAUGGACAUUCAAGAGCACUACUCCAUUUGGUUGGCCGCAGUUAAUCAUCAGUAUAUAUGGCAAGACUCGUUGGGGUGCGGAAACAACGCUGGGCUAUUGUCGCAUUAAUUUGCCGGUAUUUGGGUCGCAUACAGACGAUGCAAUAACUGCUCCCAUACUUAUCCCACGAAAUACCAAUAUGGUGUCCGAAUUGGCUAGUUGGAUCACAGGUCGUAAUCCCGAAUUGAAGGAUCCAAAAACGUUGUUAAGUAGCGGAAAAUUAAAAGGUAUUUCAGCGGAGUCGUAUGGCGAGGUGAUCUUUAAACUCACUACUAUAUUAAGAGGUACGAAUCGGCUGGGAUAUGACUGGGGUUGAUUUGCAGAGUAGAUUAAUAAUGAAAAUGGAAUUAAAAUACUAUUUAAUAACUCUUAUAAAUAUUGUUAUAUUUUUAUGAAGGUAGUGUUCGAGCUGAUAGCGAUUAAUAUAAUUAGCAGUCAACCAAUUUGUAAUUUGCUGUUCAACAUGGCUAGGAAGGGUUUUGGCAAAAUCUUAUCUAAGAAUAUGGUAAUGUGAGCUUAGGAGCAGCAAUUUUGCCUAAUUCCCUAGAGAUGAUAUCAUAUCACCAAGGUCAUCAGUUUUAAAAAGGUUUAAUGUUCGAACUAACGAUAAAACCCUUGAAAGGAAGGAGUGUGCACUUAUACUGGUACAUUGACAGCUCCCAAACUCGUCC